AUUCUUAUGUAAUUCUUUUCUUAUUUUACUCUAAUAAGAUGUCUUUAAUUGGUUUUUCUUGAAAAAAAAAAAGUGGUUAGUUGACAAGAGGUUCUUUCCUUGGUCUGCAAGUCAUGGCUGCAUCUAUAUAAGUCAUGGAAAUGGAGGUAAAUAGCAAGUUUAAUGGCAAGAAUUUAUGAUUUUAAAACAUGGGUACUGCAGUUUUGCCCUCCUCAAGCCAUGGUUUCGAGAACGAAUGCAGAGAAAUUCACGAAUGUUGGGGACGAACAAACAGAUUGAUUCGAGCUUUGGCAAAUCGAACCCGAGUUGAACGUAAACAAAUUAGAGAGACUUAUAAGACUAUGUAUGGAGAAGACUUGGCAAGUUUUCUUUUUCGGAGAAGCAAUAGCAUUAAUAGUGGGCAGAGUUUGGCGAAAGCAUCUGCAGCCUUAUUGAUGUGGAUGCUGGAUUCGUGUGAACGUGAUGCUGUCGUGGCUAGAGAAGCUCUUAAACAAGAUGAUAUUGAUUUCAAGGCUCUUGUGGAGAUCUUUGUGGGUAGAAAAUCUAGUCAUAUUGCUCUUAUGAAACAAGCAUACCAAGCAAGAUUCAAAAGUCAGCUUGAACAAGAUAUUAUCAACAUCGAUCCUCCACAUUCCUUCCAAAAGAUUCUUGUAGCAUUCGGAGCAUCACACAAGGCACACGAGAUGGAUGUGAGUCAACACGUAGCAAAAUGCGAUGCAAGAAGGCUUUACGAGGUAGGAGAAGGAAGUGCAGGGGGGAUUGAAGAAGCUGUUGUGCUUGAGAUUUUCAGUAAAAGGAGCAUUCCACAGCUCAAGUUGACAUUCUCUUGCUAUAAACACAUAUAUGGAUAUGACUACAUAAAGUCAUUCAAGAGGGAAAACUCGACUGAAUUCGAAAACACUUUGAAAUUGGUUAUAAAAUGCAUGUGUAACCCACUUAGUUACUACGCGAAGGAAUUGCAUGGAGGCAUAAAAGGAAGAGGAGAGAGAGGGAGCAGCUUAACAAGGGUGAUGGUGAGCAGAGCAGAGGUAGACAUGAAUGAGAUUCAGAAAGUUUUCAAGAAGAAAUAUGGAGUGGAACUGAGAGAUUCAAUCUGUGAGAGUCUACCAUCUGGGGAUUAUACAGAUUUCCUUCUUGCUUUAGCUUCAAAAACACUUUGUUCUUGACUUGAUCCUCUGCUUCAUUCCAAUCCAACCAACUACCCUUUUUUGCAGACUUA